AUGAUGCAUCGACUAGCACAGUGUGAGACAGCCCACCACAUCCAUGAAGACCUUCACAUGAGUCCCGUCAGUCCUAUCAGCCCGGGGUCGGGCUCCGCGUCCAUAGAUCUGGAUCUGGAUCCGCCUUCGCCAUUGAACCCAGCGGGACAAGCUGGAAAUCUUUCCCUCCAUCACUAUCGCAAAUAUCUGUCCGACGGUUUGCAGUCCAACCCGUUCAUCGACAACCAUGAUUCCAGAAGAGUGAAGCGCAAGAACGCCGCGGUCAAUCUCAACCAGAACCCCAUGAUGAUGUAUUAUCAGCCGCCCCGGCCGUCGAUGUCCCUGCUCUCGGGGUCGUCGGCUGCCUCGAGCCCACCGCCGCUGUCCCCAUCGUACUCCCCUAGUGCAAUCAGCGAACAGCCGGACAGUCUGGAUGGCUAUGCUUCGUCUCCAAAUCUGGUCGACUUCGAUCUAUAUUCUAAGGAAAAGCUAAACCCACUCCGACUUCAUCCACAUCGCAUCUUGACGACAUUCCGCCACAGGCUCGAGAAAUACCCAGAAGUAGAGCCAGAAGAUACUAGAUAUCCGGCAGCAUUCGACCAGGGAACCAAUGCCCUCAUCUCUCCCAGGCUCCCUAUCCACACCAAGAACUACUCUGAUUCGGUCCUAUUCACCCCCCAGCAGCAAGUCCAACAGCAAGUCCAACAGCAAGUCCCGACCUUGUUCUACCACGGCGCGUCUUUCGAAAUUUUGAACCCCCAGGAAUCGCUCAGGUUCGCGCGUAUUGUGUCCUACAUCGAAGACGUGGACAGCUACUCCCCGAAGGAGCUGACAGACUCGCCAUCCAAAAACCCACUGAACGAGAACAGCAUGUAUGGAGCAUACGAAGGAACCACGGAGGGCGAGACUUGGGAGAGAGAAGAAGACGAAGAAAACGACGACCAACACGUGCACUUGGCUCUCGUCGGCGACUCCCCCCACCACCCCAUGCCCUCGAUUUCGGAGCGCCUAGAAGAGGAGCAUGAGACAGAAGACAACUUCGAUUACCCUAUCCCAUCAGCGCCACAAUUCGGCUCUACCCGUCCCCGCGCCGGGGCCGGAGGCCUCAGCAACAAUCACCCAUACGAGAGCUACGACGACGACAGCGACAGCGGAAGCGACAGCGACGACGACAUCGGCGAGCCCGGCUCCGCAAUCAGCGAGAUCUUCCCACCAGACAUCUUCACCCGCGGGACUGACGACCUAGUCCCCGACUACCCCCACAACCUCAGCGACUACGACAUCAUCUCCUCCCGAGUCUUCAGCGACGGUGCAGCCGAAGACGACCCCUUCUGGGUCGAGCACGCCGCACGCUUCUACAACCCGGCUAUCCCGCCACCUGAUCCAGCACAGAUCCCCCGAACAGCAAUCCAGCUCAAAGGCAAGCCGACCAAUCCUGCGCGCCGGUGCAAGAACCGCGGCCGGAAUCUGUCGGAUAACGCCGUGAAGUCGUUCCAGCGGCUGUGGGGAGUGGCUAGCUCGUUGCGCCGGAGGGGGGAUACCACUGGGGGGAUCACCUGCUGUGGGGGUGUCUAA